AUGUGUUGUGUGGACAACACAACACUGAAACUGGACGACACGACGGACGAAGAAGAUCGAGCCAAAUAUUAUAGAACCCGCCGUCAUCACAGCAGCAAUAGUUCCGCAACAGCAAUACAACAACAACAAUGUUGUUAUGUACUGCACACAGAACAGCAGCAAGAGCCGCAACAGCAGCAACAUUCACAACAGCAGCAGCAACACCAUCAGUAUAUUCCAGCCUCAACGGCCCGUACAUUUAAUAGCAAAUAUCGUCGAAAAUAUCUUCUGCUGCUGAUAUGCGUCCUAUUCCACAUCUGUUCGAGCAGUUUGGCCCGUGUCACAGCCUAUAAUUGUACCGCCGCAGGGGGUUGUCAAAAUAAUGGUAGCUGUCGUGAUGGCCAGUGUAUCUGUGCCGAUGGCUGGCAAGGUCCAGAAUGCCAAUUUUGCGGUGGUAAAGUAAGACUACAUCAUCCCAGUGGUGUCAUACACGAUGGCUGGGGUAAUUAUUCCGUCAGUGUUAAAUGCAGUUGGCUGAUCGAUGCCAGACCCCAGCAUACAACAAAUCAUACACAUGGUGGCAAACAAGUGUCGUCGCUGUCAUCGCCACCGCCCACCAUUCGUAUGCAUUUGCGAGAAUUUGCAACGGAAUGUGGCUGGGACCAUUUGUAUAUAUACGAUGGCGAUAGUGUUGAUUCUUCGCUAUUGGCAGUUUUUAGUGGCCUCAUGUAUCGUGGCAAUUUCUCCAUACGUAGUGUACCCCAAGUUAUAGCACGUUCAGGUGCCGCAUUAUUGCAUUUCUUUAGCGAUGAUGCCUAUAAUAUGUCUGGCUUUAAUUUAUCAUAUCGCAUGAAUGCCUGUCCCAGUGAUUCGGAAGAUGUUGAAUGUUCAGGUCAUGGCAUGUGCAGUAAUGGUUAUUGUAUAUGUGAUCCGUUGUAUAGUGGUGAUGCAUGUAAUAUUGCCGCAUGUCCGAAUAAUUGUUAUGAGAAAGAGGGUCAUGGUGUGUGUAAUAUAGAAAAGGAGAGGUGCAUUUGUAAGAAAGAGUAUGGCGGCAACGAUUGCGGUCAGCUGCGAUCCCAUGGCAUAUGGGCAAGCGUAAAUGCCCAACUUCCACCCAAUGGUACAGCUUCACAUGCCGCAGCCGUUUGGCAUGAUACAAUGUAUAUAAUAUCCGGCGAAUCGUACGGUCGUGGUCGUCUAAUGACUGCCUACGAUUUCAAUAGAGAGAUUUGGGAGGCGGUACAUCCGGCCAAGGGCACUAUGAUACCGGCCCAACGUUAUGGCAUGUCCACUGUGGUACAUGGUGAUAAAAUCUAUAUGUAUGGCGGAGUGGUCAAAGGCACCGGAAUUACCAAUGAAUUGUGGGCCUUUGAUAUGUCGGCCAAAACAUGGGAAAAUAUUACCGUAAUAACAGAUGAAGCCUGUCCCGGCCCCACAGCGUACUCAAUGUGUGGCCCCUUACAUGUGACAGGGCAUUCAGCCACCUUGGUGCCUAGUUAUGGUGAUAAACAUGGUCAUCGUUAUAUGAUCGUAAUAUUUGGUCGUUCGCCACAAUAUGGCUAUUUGAAUACGGUACAGGAGUACAAUUUCAAUACCCGCGAAUGGAAAAUUAUCGAAACAUCAGGUUAUGUAGUGAAGGGUGGUUUCAGCCACAGUGCUGCCUAUGAUCCGCUGACGGAGAAAGUAUAUGUUUAUGGUGGUAUUGUUUCCGAAUCGGAGGCCAAUCAAUAUAUAACACCACGUUUGUAUGCCUAUUCACCGUCAUCGCGUAUAUGGACCCUACUGUCGUCGGCACCCAGUGCUCGUCUGCUGCAUACAGCGAAUUUUGUAAACGAAGGUUUGAUGAUGGUGUUCGGUGGUAACACACACAACGAUACGGCUGAGAGUUAUGGAGCCAAGUGUUACAGUCAGGAUCUGUUGGUCUAUGAUGUCAUCUGUGAUUCGUGGCAUAAACAAACCAUACCAGCACAUUUACAGGCCGAUUUGGCGAGAUUUGGACACAGUUCAGUGGUUUUCGAUGGCAGUCUCUACAUUUAUGGCGGCUUCAAUGGCCAACUUUUGAAUGACAUGUUACGCUUCACACCCGGCCACUGUGAAAUCCACACAAAAGAGGAGAAGUGCAGCAGUGCCCGUCCGGGCGUCAAAUGUAUCUGGGAUGUCCAAAUGAGCAAGUGCUUGCAAAUUAAUCAUGUCCAGAAAUCGGCUAUAUUCGGCCGGGAACAAUACGACUAUGUGGCCUGCCCCUCAAAAGGUCGCUUCGCCAUGACCUCACAACUGUUGUUAGACGUCGCCCGUUGCCAGGAACUUAACAAUUGCCAAUCGUGCGUCUCGAAUUCCUAUGGCUGUACCUAUUGCGGCAAUGGCGUCUGCAGCAAGGAACGCUGCCGCGAAACCACUCCCAUGACCGCCGUCUUCUAUGAAACCUCAAAGGAACAUCAACAACAGCAGAGCCAGCAAUCGAAAUCCCAGUUUGUGGUGGCCACCCCUGCACCGCCCCUUAAUAUCAAACACUUGGACAAUUGUCCAAAAUCGGAAGAUUUUCGCUCUGCGGCCAUUUGUGAACAGCUGCACACCUGCCAUGCCUGCGCGGCCAACAGCAACUGUAUGUGGGAAGCCGAGCACAAUCGCUGUCGUCAUUGGGCAAAUGGUGUGGGACCGCUGGGCAAUCGUACCGUGGACGACAUCAUCUGUCCGCCCUCGUGUGCCUCCCUCACCAAUUGCCACAAUUGCACGGAAAACGACUGUAUUUGGUGUCAGAACGAGUUGCGUUGCGUCGACCGAAAUUCGUACACGGCCAGUUUUCCCUAUGGCCAGUGCCGAGAGUGGACCACGCAUGUUUACAAGUGUCGCAGUGCUCCGACAACAGCGCUGACGGCGCUGAGCAGCAACAGCACAGCCACCUAUAUAUCGACGGCUCAAUGCGGUUUCUACAACAGUUGUUCCCAGUGUUUGGAUGAUCCGGCCUGUGGUUGGUGUGACGAUGGCACCAACACGGGCCUGGGCAAAUGCAUAGAAGGUGGUGCUCUGAUGGCCCACGAACCGGAACAAUGUCCUGCUGGCCAGUGGUACUUCACCUCUUGCCCGCUCUGUAACUGCAAUGGCCAUUCGAAGUGUGAAAAGGGCUCCAGCCAAUGCAUCCAACCCUGCUCGGAUCUCACUUAUGGCCAGCACUGUGAAAAAUGUACCCGUGGUUAUUGGGGAAAUCCCAUCAAUGGUGGCCAGUGUCAGAGAUGUGAAUGCAACAAACAGGGGGACCUAUGUAACCCGGACAAUGGCAAAUGUUUUUGCAACACCAAAGGCAUUGUGGGCGAUCACUGUGAGAAGUGCGAUUCGCAGAAUCAUUAUCACGGUGAUCCCAUUGCCUCGACCUGUUUCUAUGAACUAACCAUUGAUUAUCAGUUUACAUUUAAUCUGUCUAAAAAAGAGGAUCGUCACUUUCAGAAGAUCAAUUUUCGUAAUUCACCCGUCAAGCCGGAGAUUGAUGCCGAUUUCACAAUAACCUGUAGUGUACCGGCCAAGAUGAAUAUUACGGUGAAGAGGGCGGGAGCGCCCAUUAAUGAAAUAUUUUCGGGCAUAAAUUGUUCGACGUUUCGUCAUCGUUUCCCCAAGACGGAAUUUAAUUUUGGCCAUUCACCCGAAGACAAUAGUUCGUUGACGACCUUUUAUGUUUCUGUGUAUGACUUCCAGCCACCCAUAUGGAUACAGAUAGCGUUUUCACAAUAUCCGAAAUUGAAUUUACAACAAUUCUUUAUAACAUUUUCCACAUGUUUCCUAUUGCUGCUACUGAUGGCUGCCAUUUUGUGGAAAAUUAAACAGAAAUAUGAUAUGUUUAGGAGGCGGCAGCGGUUGUUUGUUGAAAUGGAACAGAUGGCGAGUCGACCGUUUUCACAGGUGCUAGUGGAAAUUGAAAGCCGGGAAAAUAUUGACCUAUCCCUGACCAUGGAGGGUAUUGCCAAUAUGAGUAAAAAACGUAAAAAGGAUUGUCCGAGCCCCAUAGCCUUAGAACCUUGCAGUGGAAAUCGUGCUGCGGUAUUGUCACUUCUAGUCCGUUUACCCACAGGUGGUCUCCAACAUGCACCACCUGGUCAAUCAGCUGGCCUGGCUGUGGCCAGUGCAUUAGUAACACUUGGCAAUCCUAGACGUCCAUCAAUCGAUCAUACAAAAGAGCCAAAAUCUAAGCGUAAACAAAGUCAGCACCCUGAUAGUUGUACAUAAUAAUAAUAAAAAUAAAAACAAACACAAGCAAA